GUAAGGGGUAAAGCAGUUUCUCCUCUGCACAGUCUGAAGUUAAUCUGAGUAAGAAACAGUGAUAAUGGGGAAAAAGGUGGCUGUAGUUACAGGAGCGAAUAAAGGCAUCGGGCUGGCGAUAGUGAAAGGGCUCUGCAAGGCUGGAUACAGCGGGGAUAUUCUUCUGACCGCCCGCAAUGAGAAGCUGGGUCUGGAAGCCCUGGAGAAGGUGAAAGCUGAGGGUUUUAAAAACGUUCUUUACCAUCGACUCGACAUCUGCGACCAGGGCAGCUGUUUAGAGCUGAAGAAGUUCUUGGAGAAGAACUACGGAGGCCUGGACGUGCUCGUUAACAACGCGGGCAUGGCUUUCAAAGUGGACGCCACAGAGCCAUUUGGAGAGCAGGCUGAAGUCACCAUGCGCACCAACUUCUGGGGAACACUGUGGGUGUGUCAUGCUCUCCUUCCCAUCCUGAAGCCCAACGCCCGGGUGGUCAACGUGUCCAGUUUCGUCAGCAAGAGGACCCUUGAUAAGUGCAGCCCUGAACUCCAAGCAAAGUUCAGAAGCACAGAGCUUUCAGAGGAGGAGCUGUGUCUGCUGAUGGGAGAGUUUGUUUCUGCUGCACAGAGUGGAGAUCAUGAGGCUCAGGGCUGGCCAAACAGUGCUUAUGGUACCACCAAGAUCGGUGUGACGGUACUUUCGAGGAUCCAGGCGCGUGUUCUUAAUGAGACCAGACCUGCCGAUGGCAUCAUCCUCAAUGCCUGCUGUCCUGGUUGGGUCAGAACAGACAUGGCUGGACCAAAGGCCCCGAAGAGUCCAGAGGAAGGAGCUGAAACUCCUGUCUACCUGGCUAUGCUUCCAGAGGGAGUCAAGGAGCCACAUGGACAGUUAGUUUGGGACAAAACAGUGCAGGAAUGGUAAAAAAAAAAAAAACUGUAAAGCUGGAGUAAUUCUUUACUCAUGCUCAUCUGAACCAUGACAUAACAUACAGCAUAAUAAUUCUAAACUGAUUAUAAACUUGAAUGGAAGGAGUUGUUGUUUUCCUUUUCAUGAAGUAUUUUGCUACACUUUGGGGCAGUUCUGCACACAGGGAUUAAAAAGCCUAAGUGUAAGCAUUUUGAAUUUUCCAUAAAAAAUGAAAUAUAAUCUAGCAAUAGGGUGAUUUUUAAUAUUUGGUGUUACCUUGGUUAGACUUACACUAAAAGAAAGCUAUUUUCAGAUUACACAUUCAUUGUAACUGAAUUGUAAACCUAUGUAAUUACUGUAUUUUUUAAUGCCAAUUUUACCUCAGCGAGUUGAAAAUUAAUUUUGACUCUUUGUGAAGGUUUCUUUUGAACAUCAGCCUUAACUAUCAAUUGUUGGCCACAUUUUCAGCAGUGAAGUUAGUAAUAUUAAUGCUAACAUUUGAUAAUACUGUCUUACUUUUCAUGAGAAGUAUUUUUGCUUCACUUCCAGACAGGGAUAAACGCCUAGUCAUGCACUACACAGCAUUCUGAAAACAUCUGCCUUAAGUAUAUUGAUACUGUAAUGUUUAAUAAAAAUACAUCUUAACAUUUGAUUA